GAUAUAAAAUACGAAAUUCACCAUGCUUAUAUAUUGCACUCCCUCAUGUUGAGGUGCACUCACUACAGCACAAUACCAACAGUCGAAAAAGCUGCCCACCGAUCUUUGCCUCGAACAAACCACCACGCAUCGCCUCGCACAACAUGGCCAUGUUAACCAAAGACCAUCAAGAGUUAUCCGGAGGCGACGACCCGAGAACAAUCGCUUCCGUGGAACUCGGCGAAAAAAAAUCUCCCGACUUUGGAGAACCACCCGACGGUGGCUUGCAGGCAUGGACUGUUGCCGCCGGAGCCGCCUUCAUCUCCUUUUCCGCAAUGGGCUUCGCAAACUCGUUUGGCAUCUUUCAGCAAUACUACAUGACGCAUCAGUUGCAAGGCGAAUCGGCCGAUAAAGUUGCUUGGAUAGGGUCACUGGCUGCUUUUCUCCAGUUUGCAGCAGGCGCAGUCGGAGGGCCACUGUUUGAUCGUUAUGGUGAAUGGGUCAUUCGACCGGCUGCGGUGCUAUACAUCUUCUCCAUCAUGAUGAUUAGCAUAUGCCGCGAGUAUUGGCACUUCAUGCUCGCCCAAGGCGUUCUCAUGGGCACUGCCAUGGGCCUCUUGACAUUCCCAUCAAUAGCAGCAGUGUCGCAAUACUUUGAGAAGAAACGUGCCGCUGCAUUGGGCGUAGCGAUAUCUGGCUCAUCCAUCGGCGGCGUCGUCAUUCCCAUUACAUUGUCAAAGUUGCUCACCACUUCAUCGCUGGGCUUCGGAUGGACUGUGCGAGUCGUUGGCUUCAUCAUGUUGCCUCUCCUCGCCUUCUCGUGUGUGACGGUGAAGGCUCGUCUGCCACCGAGACCGACGACAUUCUUCACUGUCGAGGCUUUCAAACAGGUCAACUUCGUCCUUCUCAUUAUUUCCUUGUUCUUUUUAUUCCUUGGCAUGUUCACACCGCUGUUCUUCAUGCCGACUUACGCCGUUUACCGAGGCAUGGACGAAACACUCGCCUCAUAUUUGCUUGCCAUCAUCAACGGCGCGUCUACAUUUGGUCGCAUCAUCCCGGGAGUGCUGGCAGACAAGUACGGGCCCUUCAACAUCCUGUCAAUCGCAGGCCUAACCAACGGCAUCGUCAUCUUGUGUAUGAACAAAGCGGAGACUACCGCAGCAUUGGUGGUAUACUCGGUCGUCUUUGGCUUUACUUCAGGCAUGAUCAUCUCCGGAGGUGCCGCAGCGUUCGCCACAUGCCCAAAAGACCCUCGGGAUCUUGGGUCUUACAUGGGAAUGGGAAUGGCAGUGGGCUCGAUUGCAGCGCUCAUAGGUCCCCCGAUUACCGGGGCGCUCCUUGAUACUUAUGGAGGGUUCCUUCAAAUAUCCAUCCUUAGCGGCGUCAUGUGCCUGGUUGGCGGUUUUGUUGCGCUUUCGAGCAAGGUCGCAAGCCCUCAAGGCAUUAUGGGGAGAGUCUAGUGGCCUGGUGAUGCUUCUUGUGCUUGAAGAUAUUUUUUCCAAAAUCCCCGCUCCUGGCAGCUAUAAGAGGCUAAAUACA